AUGCGGCUAGCGGUGAGCUACGCCAGGGCCUCGGGGAAGGAGUCGGAAGCCGCGCAGUGGGAGGCCGAGAUCGAACGGUGUUUCGUGAAGGGCGGCGGCGCGGCGCCGGAGGCGGCGCCGGAGGCGCGCGCCGUGGGCGAGGGCGCGGCUGCCGCCGCGGACGCCUCGAGCACGGGGCGGGCAGACGUCGGCUGCGCCACGGGCCCUUCGACCACCUCGGCGUCCAGGACGGCCGCCCCCACGCUCCAGAGGGGCUUCUUCAACCGCCCGAAGGCGGUGGUGCCCAUGCUGCAGAUGCAAUGCAAGGCGCUUCAGACCCAGGCGCCGGGAGGUCCCGGCGCUUUCCUCAACGCAGCCGGGGCCUUCGAAGUUGCGGGCAGGGCCCGAGGCGAGGCCAUGUCCGCGCUGUCAGGCCUCCUGGCAAAGCUCGCGGACGAGAGCCGCCAGCUGCAGGAGAAGGCCAGCGAGCUGGCAGCAGCAUCGAGCAAUGAGGAUGGCCACCUAGGCCCAGCCGAGGCCGAGGAGCACAAUCGCCUUGGCCAGUGCAGACAGAGAGCGUCGCCCGACGUGCUGACGUCGAAGCACGGCCAGUGAGCGGCGAAGUUCGCUCAGGCGCGCCGCCCAGGCGCCGAGGAAGGGAUGCCGCUCCCCCCUUCCUUUUUUCCCUCUUCGGGGUAGGCUGUGCUUGCACGACCUCCCCUUUUUGCAGAAAUCGCAGAAAUCGCAGAUGA